AUGGCAGAGAAUGCUAGUAGUUCAGCAAAUGGAAAUCACAACGAGCCACCACCCGAUUCAGAUGCAAUGGUACGUGCAAAGUUGACAAUUCAGACUUUACCAAGCUCUAAGAUUGAAAGGUUGAUUCCUUUUCUGAAUCAGGAGAAGAUAAGGAAGAAAGAGCAAGAUGAGCAAGAAGAAUUUGAAAGAUUAAGGGUUGAAAAUGAUGAGGAAUUUCAGUUAUGGAUGAGAAAGUUGGAUGCCAAAGAGGGGAAACCUCGCAGUGCAACUGAAAGUGAUAGUGAAGAUGAAGAAAAGAACUGUGAAGGAGUAGAAGAAGAGGAGAGCAGUGAUGAUUCAAUGAAGAGAUAUGAGAGAGCAAAAGAAGCAGAGAGGAAGAAGAAGAAAAGGCAAGAGUUUGAAGAUGUGAUGUACAAGUACUAUCUCGCUGAAAAGAAGAACAACCCUCGUAAGUUUGCUCGAACCAUGUCAAAACCCCUAAACGUGGAUUCUGACGGAGAGGAGAUUCCUGGUGAAGCAGAAGAUGAGGAAGAAGAAAUCGAAGAUGAUGAUCUCCAGGGUCCCUACACAUCUUCAGACAAUGAUGAUGGUACUGAUGCCUACUAUGAAGAUUAUGAGUUAAACUACAAUAGCAACAGUGAUGGCGAUUCUUGGUGA